UUGUGGUUGGUGAAAUUGAGGAGGAGGAGGAGGAUCUCAAAACGAGUGUGGAUUUUGCAAUUCUCGUCUGUUGGUGUUUCUGUUCUUGUUGAUUCGGAUUCUCUUGUUGAGAUUCAACUUCUAUUGUCACUGUGUUGCACAGUUUUGGGGUUCGAGAAUGGUUGAUUUCACGUGUGUCCGAAUUUGAGCUGGCUAACCCAGCUCGGCAACUUUCUCGCAGCUCUCUAGCUGUAGAAUUUUGAUCACUAGUCACUGCAGCUCCCCUCUCAUCUUCUCUCCCGCAAGAACAUUCUCAAUCUAGUGUCCACUGCGCGAUAUUUUUGUCUUCCAGACAUCCUGUUUUUGAUUUGCUGGUUUUAACUUUCUCCUGCGGGAAUUGGGGUGAUUUCGCUUCGUCCUCUAGGGUAGGUUUAUAGAAUGUAGUCUGGUAGUGUUGUAGAGAGCGAUGCUGGUGAAAAGCUUCCUUAGCAGCAACUUGUUAGGAACACAAGCCACUCCUAGUUCUCGUAUUCCUCGUUGAGACGGAUGUCUAGGAAAGAUUUAUCGAAGAGUUUGUGUGCCUUGCAGAGUAAUCUAAUACCAACACUUUCCAUGUGGCUCACAGAUUACGUUCAAUAAUCCAAAGUUUUCGAGGAAUUCUUUCUAUUGUAUCCACCGAGGUGAUACUGCAUGAUUGGAGGUUAGACAUAUUGCCGCGGGAUUUCGAGGUCAGGUCACGAAAAAACGGCUAAUUGGGAGUGGUAGUCCUACCGUCGGUUUAGCACCAACAAUCAGAAUUGCAAGAUGCGGUGGUUCUCUCAUUCACCUCCAUUGGUCAAUGAUGAUACGAAGGAGUUGAAUCUCCUCUCGAUACAAGAGUGAUUCAUACCGCCAACAAAACUGAUGAAAACCUAGGACACAGAAAGUGCCUUGCUCAUCUACUAAAUUGAAUUCCAGAAUAAGGAGUGGUGGGAAACAUAAGGAGAGAUGUAUGCUCAAAGGUGGUGGAACGAUGAUUCCACCCGCACUCUGUUGAUGGUGAAUCUAGCCUCCAUUAUGGAGCGGGCUGACGAAGCCUUGGUUCCUGGAGUGUACAGGGAAAUUGGGUUGGCGCUGCACGCUUCCCCUGCCAAGUUGGGCUCUCUAACCUUGGUGAGAUCCCUGGUGCAAGCCAUUUGCGCGCCGUUGGCGGCCUAUGCAGCAGUGAACCACAACAGGGCGAAUGUGAUAGCGUUUGGGGCGAUUAUGUGGGCCGUGGCCACAUUUUUUGUCGGCAUCUCUGCUACAUUCACACAAGUAGUAAUUUCCCGGGCUCUUAACGGUGUGGGAUUAGCGAUGGUGGUACCAGCAAUUCAGUCUCUUAUUGCCGACUCAACAAAAGAGCAUGAGAGAGGUGUGGCGUUCGGCUGGCUUCAAUUGACUGGCAACAUUGGAUCCAUCUUGGGGGGUUUUUUAUCUGUGAUUUUAGCUGGACAUACCUUUUAUGGCUACCCAGGAUGGCGAAUGUCUUUCCACCUCGUCGCACUCAUCAGCGUUGUAGUUGCAGCCAUGGUGUGGUGCUUUGCAGUUGAUCCGAGAUUCUCCAGAGGAUACUCUCCACCUCCGAAUCGAGGUUGGUGGGAAGGUCUGAAAGCAAUGCUUGUGGAAGCAAAACAAGUCUGUCAGAUUCGCACAUUCCAAAUCUUUGUCGCGCAAGGUGUAGCAGGCAACUUCCCCUGGGCAGCGCUGGCCUUCGCACCCAUGUGGCUAGAACUCACUGGAUUCUCACAUGGAACUACAGCGGUGCUUCUGGGCGUGUUCGCCGUGUCCAACUCUCUCGGUGGCCUAUUCGGUGGCAAAAUGGGAGACAUUCUGUCCCUGCGUAUGCCAAAUGCAGGUCGAAUCAUGCUGUCUCAGAUCAGUUCUGGUCUUGGCAUUCCCUUGGCGGGCAUUCUCUUGCUGGUCGUGCCCAUUGAUCCAUCCACACCCAUAUGGCACGGCAUCAUGAUUUUCAUUCUGGGCUUUUGCAUCUCCUGGAAUGCAGCUGCUACAAACAACCCUAUUUUUGCAGAAAUUGUCCCCGCGAGUGCACGUACAAGCAUCUACGCAUUGGACCGGUCGUUUGAAUCCUUGCUGGCUUCUUUCGCUCCACCUGUGGUUGGAGUUCUUGCAGAGAAAGCUUACGGCUACAUCCCUCCUCAAGCAGGGAAGACCCAGAGUGCCGAUAAGGUGGAUAGAGAAAAUGCCUUGUCGCUCUCCAAGGCGCUGUACACAGCCAUAGGCGCUCCUCUCACGAUCUGUUGCCUCAUCUACACUUUCUUAUAUUGGACCUACCCACGGGACCGAGAUCGUGCCCGCGCAUUAGCACUUGUUGAAGCCGAGCUCGCCACAUCUUACGAGUUCCAGAAAUUUAGCUUGGUAGACGAGACUGAGCUUGAGAUGAUUGAUGCACACAGUGAGCAGGGAGACGAAUCUGACUCACAUUCUCGCAACCUCAACAGCAGUGGGACUUUCACCGAAACCCAACCGAUGUUAGAUCACAACACCCAAACCAGAUGAGUACUGUACGUUGUUGCUACUGGGCUGCAACAGUGUCCAAAUCUCACGCAAUCGCUCAAGCUCUCUUCCUGUUGCUUUGGCAAAGCUUUCAGAUCUAUUACAACGAGUUGUGAGCAAGAAGGUGAAACUAUUGAAAGAGGUGUUGGUUUAUGAGCCUGAGUCAUGCUCCAUGUGAUUCAGUAGGAAUCCAUGGUUGUGCCUUGCAUUUUCUUUUUUUUUUUUUUUUUUUUGAAAUCAUGCAGUUUUUUUGAUGUAAUUUUUAUGACGCUACAUGCAUUCUUACUUUUAUUGAAACAAUUGUUACUGAUGCAAAAAAAAAAUGAUGUGUAGAAUAUGCAUAGCCUACUCUAGAACACUAAAGAAAAUUGUGUAUUCUAGUUUGUGAUUGUAUUUUGAUUUGCACUAUUUUACUUUGGUGUUUUGGCUC